CUGCGCUCAAAGCCCGAGUCUCGAACUCAGCGCAGCCCACAGCCUGGGAAGAGCGAGAGGAGAAGCACAGCUGAAGCAGCUCAAGAGUCUCCGCCGCCGUUGGACCCCCGUCCAGAUUGUUCAUCGACAGCCUAAGAAGAGGAGCGCACACAAGUAGCCAGACCGUCAUUCACAGAGAAAGAGUCCCAGCAAUAGAACAGAACUUCGAGAUGAGCCCCACCAUCUUCAUUCUUCUGGUCCUUGCUGUGCAGCACGGUGCCACGCUCUUCCUGCCAGACUCCCCAGAGCUACGGCGGUUGCUGGAUCGCUACCAGGAUGAGAUGGAGCACAACCGCACCUCGGCCAUCAGGACCAGGCGGGCCAUCCCGUGGUCGGACCGUGAGGAGAUCCUCAACCUGCACAACAAGCUGCGUGGGCAGGUGUACCCCACUGCCUCCAAUAUGGAGUACAUGGUGUGGGACGAUGAGCUGGAGAGAUCAGCCACCCACUGGGCGGAGCAGUGUGUGUGGGACCAUGGACCCCAUGACCUGCUGAUGUCCAUCGGCCAAAACCUGGCGGUCCACUGGGGCCGGUACCGCUCCCCAGCAUACCACGUGCAGGCCUGGUACGAUGAGGUGAAGGACUACACCUACCCCUACCCUCAUGAGUGCAACCCCUGGUGUCCUGAGCGCUGCUCUGGGCCCAUGUGCACCCACUACACCCAGCUGGUCUGGGCCACGACAAACCGCGUGGGCUGUGCAGUCCACGUCUGCCCCAGGAUGAAUGUGUGGGGAGAGAUCUGGGAGAACUCUGUGUACCUGGUAUGCAAUUACUCCCCCAAGGGGAACUGGAUUGGUGAAGCCCCCUACCUGCAUGGCCGCCCUUGUUCCCAGUGCCCCCCCAGCUAUGGAGGUGUCUGCAGGGAUAACCUUUGCUACAAAGGUGACACUCAGUUGCCCCAGCGGCCUGAGACAGAGGACAUGAAUGAGGUAGAGAAGCCCCAGGUGCCAGUUCAAGACCACACCACAACCACCAAACCAGCCCCAAAGCCUAAACCCAGGCCUACUGCACCAAAAAAGCCCUCUAAACCCAAGACCCAUGGGUCCAUCUAUCUAGCUCAGAAUAUCAACUGUGACACCAAAAUGAGAGAGAAGUGCAGAGGAGCAACAUGUAACAGGUACAAGUGUCCCGCCAACUGCCAGAAUAGCAAGGGAAAAGUAUACGGAACAAACUACUUUGACGUGCAAUCAAGCAUCUGCCGUGCGGCAAUUCACUCAGGGGUGAUCAAUAACAAUGGAGGGCUGGUGGAUAUCACUAGACAUGAUGACUUCCCCUUCUUUGACAAGGAUACAAGGAAUGGAAUUGAAACGUUCAGAAAACACAAGCGAGGCAACGCUUUUCUUGUUGAGAGGACUGAAAUUCAGUCAGUGAACUGCUUCACCAAACUGGUUGAGAUCUGUUCCUUCACGAACCCAUCUGUCACAUGUCCAAGGGUGUUCUGCCCCAGUGGGUGUAAGGACUCUCCCUCCUACUGGGCACCGGUGGUGGGAAACAAAAUCUACUUAGAUAGCUCCAGUAUCUGCCGAGCGGCCAUCCACGCUGGAGUGAUCAAAGCCAGCGGGGGCUAUGUGGAUGUUUUGGCCAUGAAGAAGAAGCCAAAUUAUGUCGGAGCAGUGAAAAAUGGGAUCAAGUCAGAGAGUAAGAGGAAUCCAGAGGGGAAUUCUUUCCGUGUCUUUGCCGUGAGGGAGUAAGACGCUUCAUGCAUAGGGCCUCGCACUCAAUGCUCGGAGGGAACAAAGGGGUCCUCCCAAUAUGUUCUCAUGGAACCGGAAGAGCCAGUUAGUUGUUGUCAUGACAACUUUGAACCCGUGUCCCCCAGUCUUCGAGAACUCUGAACUUCACAGUGGACCCCCAAUAAUUCCUUCACUCAGACAACAGUCAGCAACACGGAUCUGCUAGACAAAGGGAAAUUUCAAAAAGGGAUGCUUGGCAUUUUGUGUAUGAACUUCAGUUGCUGGUGUUUUAUAUCCAAACACACAAACUAAUUCUAAAGGCUGUAGAUUAUUGAUCAUGAUUUUAACAGCAGUGCUGGUUUUAUGUCUUUAUGUGUAGUCUCAAGUGAAAUAGGUUUUCUUUUUAAUUAUAUUUUUUAUUGUUUGUAAUACUGAUGCAAUGGAAGUGCAAAUGAUUGAUCGUAGUACACAGGAAUGUAUAUUGAUCACUCCUAUUUAAUCACUUUGUACAGGUUUAAUUUGAUUUUGUGUUGUGUUAUACGUCAGUAUGUACUUUAUUGACAUUUUUAUCAGCAGUUUUUUUUAUGCUUUCUGAUGACAGGUGCAGGUGUGUGUGUUAACUGUUUUGUUUCUGGCUCUGUAAAUCUGUAUUAUCGGUUCUUUGAGUUACGCACAGGUGAGGGCCUGUCAGCAGGGAGGGGCUCAAGUGUGUUUGCUCCUCAUGGGGUGAUGGCGGUUUGUAGAGGACAAGUGGAUGUUGCCCCACCCCCACUGAGAUAAGGGCAGGAGUAGCUGGGUGGAGCAUUCCAUCUGGAAUAGAGAAUCACAAUAGGGGAGCUAUUAAAAACAUUACAAAGUUGUUCUGGUAAUGGUACAUAAACAUUGUGCAAUCAAUUGGGAAUUUGGAGACAGCAGGUAUAGACUGGUUCUUCAUUCGCACUAGAGUAAACAAUGUGGGAUUUGUCUGAGGAAGCAGUUCAAAGCUUACAACACCUAGAGCAAUAUGAAGUUGGAAAUGAAGCUGCAGAUGGAUAUAGAUUUGUAUUCCUCAAGCCUGAGCCAGCACUCUAUUCAUUCCCAGCCUUUCCAGGGAAUGUACGUCAUAACCCCUGUGCCCCAUUCUCAAGCACACUCUUUUUUGAGCCCUGCACUCUGCGUUUACUUGUAGUAAACCAGCUGGAUGGGAAUUCUAAGCCAGUUCACAGUACAGUUUAUUUAGCAGAGACAACUGAACGUCUGUAUGUCAUAUAACUCAUUUCUCUUUUCAGUGGAUCUUUUCACUGUCAUAACAGGUUUAUGGACAGUGUGAAGGCAACUUUUUAUGAGCAGUGCAUGCACCAUCAAGUAUUUGUGGAAUUACACGCACAUGCACGGCAUGAAUCUGUUUAAACCACUUGUACACAACCGUCUAAUAAAAGGGUACUUAUACCAGAGAGGCACGCUAGGCUAAAGAGGCCUCAGCUCGGGAAAUGGACAUUAAACCCCAGAAAUCUGCUCCUAAGUCUAAAAUGCUUUAUUGCUUCGGCUUCUGAGCCAGUCAACUUUCACGAGAAAAGAAAACUGCUUAGAUUUAUGUUUGUAGUGGUCGUGUAGCCUGGAGAGGCCGUGGUGUCGUGUCUCCAUCUUAGUCCUUUUCUCUGUCUGUGUGCUGAGUAGUGGUGCUGUCAUGACUUCUUUCUCUUCUGCCUCACUGCUCUUUUUUGCUACCUCAGUUCUGUCGCUGCAUUCUGUUAUUGUCACCUGUUAGUCGGAGAUUGCGGGAAUCUAUUUUCCUUUGUAGCAAUAACUGUUUUGUAAAUACAUGGAGU